AUGCGCCAUGAUCAGAGCCUGCUACCAUCAUUGAACUCAGGUCCUCGGACUGCGCAUAUACCCAUCUUUGAGGAUAAAGAUGAAUCCUCGCACAAUAACCAGAAGAAAAUCCCUGACGUAGUGGAGAUCAUCGAUGUGGAUGCCAUCGACCCCCACCUACACACCAAUGCUUCCUUCGAGAAUAACAAGCUCUCUCCGUUCAAGCCCUGCCACAAGACUGGAGUGUCGCUUUCAAGCAUCGACAGUACCGGCCGUCUGGAGAGACAGCUCUACAGUGCCCUUGGCGAAGAACUAGGCAGCUUUGAACACCAUAUCGACACUACAGGUAUGGGACCUGAACUUGCACAGGCACUUGGUGGUGUCACAGCACACUCCGAUCUCAGCGGCUCCGGCAUGCUAAACCCAAACGCUCACGAGUUUGAGCCAACAAUCAAGCGGAAGAGGCAGAGUACGGUGGGUGGCAGUCGGGAGAGAAGUCCGAUGACUAAGAAAGAGAAGGCUGACUUGCGAGCUGGCGACGAUCAGGAAGAGGUGGUGGUGUGUAUGAGGGGGGAUUGA